GCCCCCCCUUUUUCUUCUCUCCCCACCAGUCCACCACACCACCCCACCCCACCCCGCACAACAAAUCGCACGCCUCGGUUCCCUCCACUCGACGCUUCUCCCGCUCCUAACCCCUAGUACCUUCUUCCCCCACUCGUUCGCUCCGCCGCCGCCGCGACGUCCAGCGGCCAGAUCCGCGCAGCAGGGGUGUCCUCCGCCGCGGAUCGACCUCCCGAUCCGCGCAGGGGGAGUGGCGGCGGGCGCCGGAGCGCUCCGCCGGGGACUUCGUGAGGCUGGAGACGGAGGAGGAAGGGAGUGGUUCCGCGGUGGUAGAUCCGCCGGUCCUUUCGCCGGAGAUGGACUCCUCCGCUGAGAAGCAGGGGAGCGGGACGCUGGAUCCGGACGAGCGCCCGCCGGCGUCCGGCGAGACUAAGGCCUGCACCGAGUGCCACACCACCAAGACCCCGCUCUGGCGCGGGGGACCCUGCGGACCCAUGUCGCUGUGCAACGCGUGCGGGAUCCGGUACCGGAAGAAGAGACGGGAGGCGAUGGGCCUGGACUCCAGCAGCAAGGCCGGCGGCGGCACCGAGCAGCAGCAGCAGCGGAAGAAGAAGGCCACCGCGGCCGCGGCCGCCGCGGCGGCGUCCAAGCGGGAGAGGGAGAGGUCGAAGGAGGCCGACGAGGUCACCGUGGAGCUCCGCGCCGUCGGGUUCGGCAAGGAGGUGGUGCUGAAGCAGCGGCGGCGGAUGCGCCGGAGGCGGCGCCUCGGCGAGGAGGAGCGCGCGGCCUUCCUCCUCAUGGCGCUCUCCUCCGGCGUCGUGUACGCCUGACUUCACCCCCACCUAGCACCGCACCCGAAGGCGGGUGAGAGGAGGAGGCCGCCGCUGGUGCUGCAAGCCGCCGAUUUGGUAGACGGGCGGCAUGAUCUGAGCCCAGAGAGAUCCGCAUCUCUCUUUACCCCCUUUUUCCCCCUCUGGAUCUAUGCUAAGUUUUCCCGGCUAAGUAGUAGUUCGUCAGUUCGAACAAAGCGAGUUAAUAAUCCGUGUCCGUGCUAGGCUAGUAGCAGCUCUGUUCCUCCCCCGUCCCGUUCCUUGCUGUUCUUGCCCCCCACCUCCUCUAGUUGUAAUCCUACCGCUAGUAGUGUGCUAGUAGCUGUCUUGUAACCUUCUCUUGCAAUGUAAGGAGAGAUUAUGAUCAUUCUUGCAAGCGAGUAGUUGAGAAGUGUC